AUGGUCCUUGCUAAUGAACUAAAUGCAUGGCAAACCCUCCAACGGCACUAUGACGCCGAAGGAAAAAAUCUAAUCAUCAAAGAUUUAUUUGCCGCUGAUCCAGACCGAUUCGAGGCUUUUUCACGACAAUUCAAAGGAAUUAAAACAGGCGCAUCUAUUCUUCUUGACUUUUCUAAAAAUCACAUUACACAGGAUACAUUUGUAGCCUUGAUUGACUUAGCACGCGAAGCUGAUGUUGCAGGUUUUCGUGACAGAAUGUUUGCCGGUGAACAUAUCAAUUUCACCGAAAAUCGUGCGGUAUUACAUAUUGCGUUACGUAAUGUGUCAAAUACUCCAAUCUAUGACAACGGCAAUGAUGUGAUGCCAGAAGUCAAUAAAGUAUUAGAGCAAAUGAAAACAACAUCACAAGAAAUUCGUGAUGGCACUUGGAAAGGAUACACCGGAAAACGAAUUACUGACAUCGUUAAUAUUGGAAUUGGUGGAUCGGAUUUGGGUCCAGUGAUGGUUACCGAGGCGUUGAAGCCAUACGCACAAUCAAAUUUGAAUGUGCAUUUCGUUUCAAAUAUUGAUGGCACGCAUUUGAGCGAGACGCUGAAAAAAGUUCACCCAGAGACCACCAUCUUUAUUAUCGCAUCGAAAACCUUCACGACUCAAGAGACAAUCACUAAUGCAACCUCAGCUAAAGAGUGGUUUUUGACGACUGCACAAGAUGAAGCUCAUGUUGCGAAACACUUCAUCGCGUUAUCAACUAAUACGGCAGCUGUGACAGCAUUCGGUAUUGAUCCCAAAAAUAUGUUCCAAUUUUGGGAUUGGGUUGGGGGACGAUACUCUCUUUGGUCCGCGAUUGGUCUCUCUAUUGCAAUCUAUGUUGGGUUCGAUAAUUUUCAUCAACUUCUUUCCGGAGCUCACGAACUCGACCAACAUUUUAAGACAGCGCCUUUGGAGCAAAACCUUCCGGUGAUUCUCGCAGUACUUGGUAUCUGGUAUAAUAAUUUCUUUGGCGCACAAACACAUGCUAUCCUUCCUUAUGAUCAAUACUUGCAUCGCUUCUCGGCUUAUUUUCAACAGGGUGACAUGGAAUCGAAUGGCAAAUACAUAACGCGCUCUGGUCAAACAGUCACUUAUCAAACAGGACCAAUUAUUUGGGGUGAACCUGGCACCAAUGGACAACACGCCUUUUACCAAUUACUUCAUCAGGGCACAAAAAUUGUACCAGCGGACUUUUUGGCCCCAAUCGAAACACAUAAUCCUAUUGCGAAUGGGAAACACCACGAAAUACUUUUAUCAAAUUUUUUCGCCCAGACUGAAGCUCUUAUGAUUGGGAAAUCGAGCGAAAAAGUUAUUGCGGAAUUGGGCGAUGUGACUAACAAAGAAUUGAUUAUCCCGCAUAAAGUGUUCCUUGGUAAUCGUCCUACGAACAGUAUUCUAUUCCAAAAAUUGACGCCAGCUACCUUGGGUGCUUUGAUCGCUUUAUACGAACACAAGAUCUUUGUACAGGGAAUCAUCUGGGAUAUCAAUUCAUUCGACCAAUGGGGUGUUGAGCUUGGUAAAGUUCUAGCCAAAAAUAUUUUACCCGAGCUUCAAAGUCAUGAUGCUGCGCCAGUUACUUCGCACGAUGCCAGCACAAAUGGUCUCAUCAAUUAUUUUAAAGCUAAUCGAAAAAUUUAA